ACUCAAAGUUCAUUUCUCCUUUAUAUAUACAAAGUUAGAUGCAAGAUAAGAUAAAGAUAAGAUAGAGAGAGAGAGAGAGAGAGAGAGAGAGAGAGAGAGAGUUGAGAUUGGAUCCAAAAUAUCUGGCAAGGUAGCUUACGAUGGAAGGUGCGUAUAAUGCUGCAAUCAAUGGAUUAAGCGACCACAAUCUGUUUGUUAAUGUGGACAAAAACAGAUCCCGCGGCCAAAACAACACUAUUCUUCAUAUAGCAGCUAAAUCUGGGAAGCUACAGCAACUUAAUAUAAAAGAAGAUCACCUGCUACGUUUUCUUUACGAGCAAAACAAUGAAGGAAACACUCCACUUCACAUUGCAGCAAAGUUAGGGCAUAUGGAUACUAUAAAAAUUCUAGUGGAAAUGGCAAGAAAGACAGAUGUUGAGCAAAACAAGAACCUGCUGACCAUGGAGAAUAAUGAGAAAGAUACAGCGCUUCAUGAAGCUGUUCGCCAUAAUCACUUGGAGGUUGUCAAGUUACUAAUUGAAGAAGACCCCAAUUUGGCAUCUCUAGUAAACGGCGAAGGAGACUCUCCUCUUUUCAUGGCGGUGGAUAGAUGCUUUCGCCAAGUUGCCCUGCAUAUCCUAAACAAUGCUCCAAACUGCUCUUAUCAAGGAAGGAACGGCAUGAAUGUCUUGCACGUAGCCACCAUUCGAUCCAAAAGACGUCUUGUAUCUUUAACUUGGGAAGAGUGUGAUUCACUAUGCAGUGUUAGGAUUGUGCUCGAUUAUUUACUGGCUAGAUCUAUCUCACGUAAACUUCUUUGCUCACGUAGACAUGACAUAAAAAAGACAGAUUUUGGGCUUCUGGUUCUGAAACAAAUUCAGGCUUUAACAUUAGAACAAGCUGAUGAUUUUGGAUGGACUCCUCUUCACUAUGCCGCACAUAUUGGCAACGAGAAACUUGUUAAAGGAUUUUUGGAAAAUGAUAGUAAGAGCCUUCCUUUCUCAAGGAACAAAGAAGGUAUGUCGGCCCUUCACAUUGCAGCAAAGAAAGGACAUAAUGCUGUCAUGAAAGUGCUGAUGAAAAGAUGUCCAGAAGUUUGUGAGUUGUUGGAUAACAAUGGUCGGACAGCUCUUCAUAUUGCGGUGGAAAGUAGAGAUGAAAUGGCGGUGAAAUUUUUCCUAGAACGGGCCAUGGCAUUUCAGGAUCUUAUAAACCUGAAAGAUAAGAAAGGAAAUACAGCUUUGCAUGUAGCCGCUACUAUAGGAGAUUUCCAUAUUUUAAAAAUUCUUACAAAUGACUCAAGAAUUGACAAAGGAGCUACAAAUAAGGACAAGGAGACAUUUGUCGACAUAAUCCUAUCAAACAAGGAGCUACAAGAUACUGAAAUGUUGAAGAUCAUGGUGAAUUUGGAGAUAGAAAUUGUUUUACCACCACGCUCUGAACAGAAGGUGGAUACAAGAAAAACAAAUGAAGCAGAGAGUAAGGAAAAGAAAAAAGAUAAAAUACAAAUUGAAGAAGACGAAGCCGGCUGUAAACAGCAAACUAAUGAAGCAGAGAGUAAGGAAAAGAAAAAGGAUGAAAUACAAGUUGAAGACAACGAAGAAGCCGGCAGGAAACAGUUUGAAAGGAUGGUAGUGGUAUCAUCAGACAAGAAGAACACGUAUAAAAAUGAAGGAGGAUUUGGAACUAUGAUGAAGGAUUUCAACAACCUCAAUUUACUGGUAGCAACAAUCAUAGCUACCGCCACUUUUGCGGCUGCUUUUGCAAUGCCCGGUGGUUAUAACGACCAAGGGAAACCAGUUCUCCACGGAAGUAAAGCAUUCAAUAAGUUUCUAUUUUAUGAUCAAUUGGCUUUUGUUCUAUCUACUACGUCCUUGUUUCUCCACUUUUUUCUCACGCAAUUUGGAAAACUAUUCGCAGUCACUUUAUUCCCAGUUGCUUGGACAGCAUAUCUUACAAUGGUCUCACUUUGCAUGAUGGUUUUUGCUUUCGACCAAAGUAUAAAGACAGUCAUCCCUGGAGAAGAAAACCACAAGGCCAAGUUAUUUUACCACAAGGACGACUAUUAUAUUACUGGCAAUGGUAUUCCCAUCUUGUUUAUUUGCUUCUUCAGCUUUGUUAUUUUACCUUCUCUGUUACUGGCCAAGUUAUACGCAACAGCUAGAAGACAUGAGCCUCGCAAUAGUGUCAGAAGUCGUUUUGGACUCUGGAGUUGAAACAUUACAUUUAAAUUCAAAUUGCAUGUCAAUGAUGGAACUCCCUAUGUAUUGUAUUAGCUGUGAUGGAUAUUGUUAAGUACUGCCAAUAAACUCCACUAUUAGUUUUAUGAUAUAAUGCACUGCCUUCAAUUUGAUUUUGAUUAAUUAAUAA